AUUGAUACACAGGGAUUUUGAUUCAUUUGGUACACAUUGAGUUACGGGAAAGCAUUGUUUCCAGGGCAACCCCACUUCCCUCAAGCUGGGUUUAAUCAAGGUGAGAGGAUGUGGGUCAUAUUGUUGAGCAUCAGCUGCUUUUAACUGUCAUUUGUUAGUCUGUUCUGUAAGGUUACAUUUAAUGACAGCUAUAUUUAACCAGGAACAUUCCUUUUGAAGAAAAAACCUGAAAGUUAAAGAGGACAUCACAUCAGUAACAGUAGACACACCCUUGGUGUUGUGGUACCACAAAACCCCUUGAUCUCAGCCACAUCUCAGGGAAACGGAUCAGAUCUGCAACAACUAAACAACAGUAGAGAGGACACAAAUCUCAGUAUGGCAGAGCUCCAGCUUCAGAUGAUCACCAUGGCUGGGAUGGUACUCAUCUCUGUGGGAACUUGUAUGGCCUUUCGGAUCACAGGAAAUGUUGCUUUGAAUGGUGUGACCCACCAAUCCGUUGACUUGUUGAGCAAAAACACGGCUUUCAAAGCUGUUGAUGGAAACAGAGCAACAAAUUUAGCAAAUGAUUCCUGCACUUACAUAACUGCAAAAAGAAACCCCUGGUGGAGUGUAACCCUGCAACAGCCGUACAAAAUUGUCAUGGUUUCCAUCACCAACCGGGGCGACUGUUGUGCUGAUAGGAUCAGUGGAGCUGAGAUUCGUAUUGGGACCAGCCUUGUCAAUGACGGCAACCAGAAUCAGCUGGUUGCAAAAGUGUAUUCCAUGCUGCCUGGGAAAACACAGAAGUUCAAGUUCAGCCCCGUAGAGGGACAGCAUGUAAAUGUGCUCCUACCAGGAGUGGACCGCGUUCUGACAUUAUGUGAAGUAGAGGUGUACGCAGUCUCUGAAGACAUGGUAGCAAUGAUACAGUCCAAGCGGAUCAACGUGGCACCAAGUGGACGGGCCACCCAGUCCAGCGUGAAUCGAGGUUCUACAGCGUGCCUGAGUCUUGCACAAAAUGCCAUUGAUGGGAAUCGGCAGUAUGACCUAUUGAAAGGCUCCUGCAUGCAAACGGAUACAGAAAGUAAUCCCUGGUGGAGAGUGGAUCUGAUGAAGGCAUAUAAAAUUGCAUCAGUGGCUCUUACCAACCGCGGCGACUGUUGCUCUGAACAACUGAGCGGAGCGGUGAUUCACAUCGGAGAUUCACUAGAGUCUGAGGGCCGUGCAAACCCAGUGUGUGUUAAAGUGUCCUUCAUCCCUGCGGGAGGAACGGGGACGUUCAAGUGUGGCGGUGCACUUCAAGGCCGUUAUGUGACUGUGGCUCUUCCCGGGAAAAACAGGACAUUGAGCUUGUGUGAAGUGGAGGUAUUCGGGAUUCCAUUAGAAUAAUAUAGAUUACAACGACUUUUAAAGCAGGCAAAUAACAACCCACCUAAUGCCUACACCCUCUUUAUCUAAACCUGUUCCAAGUAUUUGCAUGGGAAACAAACAAAACCAUUGUCUAAAAUGCUCAAAGUAACAUGAAAAUUUCUGACUUCCAGUUAAAUAUACAAGCUAAUGUGAAUGUUAUGCCAUUUAUAUCAGCCUGUUUGAAUAAAACUUGUGCAUUCAUACCA